AUGUUUAUAUUUCUACUUCUGCAUGAGUUGAAGGAGGUUGGAAACAGCCAUCCAAAGAUAGAAGCAGAACUUCCAGUUAAUGCACUGAAGAAUCGAUAUCCACACAUUCUACCAUAUGAUCAUUCCCGGGUGAAGCUGACACUUAUGAAUGGAGAUCUGAAUUCUGGAUAUAUCAAUGCAAAUUACAUAGCGGGUUUCAACAGAGCCACUGAAUAUAUUGCAACACAAGCCCCCACACCGUUGUCUGUUCAUGACUUCUGGCGUAUGAUCUGGGAACAGAAAGUGAAGAAUAUAGUGAUGCUCACAGUAUGUGAGGAGAAAGGGAAGAUUCUGUGUGAUCAGUACUGGCCGUCAGGCUCUGCUUCAUAUGGACCCAUUACUGUAUGCUGCAUUAAAGAGCUUCCUGGUAAAGACUGGAUCACACGCCAUUUCAAACUAAAUCAUGUUGCAGAUUCUCAGGUGAGGCACGUAUCUCAUUUACAUUAUACACGUUGGCCUGAUAGUGGUAUUCCUGAAUCUCCAGCGUCCCUGGUAAAUUUUGUGUUGAUGAUAAGGAAGAAGGUGGAGGCUGCAAAAUAUUGUGGGCCCACGGUAUUGCACUGCAGUGCUGGUGUUGGGCGCACUGGAACACUCAUAGCUCUUGAUGUGGCACUGCAGCAGAUGAGAGCUGAAAGCUGUGUUGACGUAUUUAGCACUGUGUAUCAAAUGCGACUCAGCAGGUACCUGAUGGUGCAGACAGUGGAGCAAUAUAUUUUUGUGCAUCGCUGUAUUCUUGAAAAGAUAAUGCAAGAGAAGGAAUAUAGCAACCACAAAUGCGGUCCAUGAAAGAAGUUUGUCCAGGGCCUCAUUCAUAUUAAAGAUGACUGUGUUAUAGUGUUG